CAUGGCUGCGAUAGUGACGUUUAACGUGACGUCACAACCCUCAAAGAUAUUGGAUCCAACAUAUUGGAAGGUGUUGGAAGCUAAAAUUUGACAGUGUGACAGGGCCUUUAGUGGUGUUUAGUUAGAGAGCAUAUUUUACAGUUAUAUUCUGACACGGGUGAAAUCUUAAUACUUCGUAACAAUGGCGAUGAUGCAACAACGAAGAACCAAUGUGAGACUCCCACCGGAAGUGAACAGGAUACUGUACGUGAGGAACCUGCCGUAUAAGAUCACAGCGGAGGAGAUGUACGACAUAUUCGGGAAGUACGGGGCCAUCAGGCAAAUCAGAGUAGGGAACACGCCCGAGACCAGGGGAACCGCGUUUGUGGUGUACGAGGAUAUUUUCGAUGCGAAGAACGCGUGCGACCACUUGUCGGGUUUCAACGUCUGCAACCGCUACCUGGUCGUGCUGUACUACCAGAGCAACAAGGCCUUCAAGCGGCUCGACAUGGAGAAGAAGCGGGAGGAGCUGGACAAGGUGAAGAGCAAGUAUGGCAUCAUCCCCGACGAGAAGUAGCCGUGCCACGUCAGCACGCUCCUGCACUCUCCGUUCACCAGUUGGAAACAACUCUCGAAUUCACAACUCAAUUUCUAAUAGUUGGUGUAAUUUUGUACAUAAUUUCCAUUAAAUAAUAGUUUCUUGUA